GCUGAUCGGAGUCUUCCUCUCUGCAGCACUGCCCUGGUUAAAGCACGCGCCGGGUCUGUAAGCUUUCGGACAAGAUUAAGGUUUACGGAUUUGUGGGGCUCUUGCAUGCUAAUCGCAUUCUAUACUGUUAGACGACUGAAGAGAAAAUAAGAAAAUGGCUAACUAUCAUAAACCCGACGAGAAAAAACUGCAAGGCCUGAAGGAUAUUGCGAACAAGUUGAGGAUCCACUCCAUUAGGGCGACAUGUGCUUCCAACUCUGGACACCCCACCUCCUGCUGCAGUGCGGCUGAGAUCAUGUCUGUGCUGUUCUUCCACACCAUGCGCUACAAGGCCAGCGACCCGCGCAACGCCUGCAACGACCGCUUCAUCAUGAGCAAGGGUCACGCUGCUCCGGUCCUGUACGCCGCCUGGGUAGAGGCGGGGUUUGUGAAAGAGGCGGACAUUCUGAACCUGCGCAAGAUCGACUCCGAUCUGGAGGGACACCCCACCCCCAAGCUGGCGUUCGUUGACGUGGCAACGGGGUCCCUAGGACAGGGACUGGGAGCUGCCUGUGGGAUGGCCUACACUGGGAAACACUUUGACAAGGCCAGUUACCGGGUGUACUGCAUGCUGGGAGAUGGGGAGUGCUCGGAGGGAGCCGUGUGGGAGGCCAUGGCCUUCGCCUCCUACUACGGCCUGGACAACCUGGUGGCCAUCCUGGACGUGAACCGCCUGGGGCAGAGUGAGCCCGCCCCGCUGCAGCACGACGUCGACGCUUACCGCCGCCGCUGCGAGGCGUUCGGGUGGAACACCUACGUGGUGGACGGGCAUGACGUGGAGGAGCUGUGCAAGGCCCUGUGGCAGGCGCAGCAGCAGAAGGGCAAGCCUACCGCCAUCGUCGCCAAAACGUUCAAGGGCAAAGGGCUCCGAGGGAUUGAGAAUGAGGAUAACUGGCACGGGAAGCCCAUUCCCAAGGACCGCGUCGAUGCCCUGCUCGCUGACCUUAAGGGGCAGAUCCAGACCAACAAGCCGCUGUACCCAGAUCAGCCCGACGAUGACGUCCCCCACCUCGACCUGUCCCCCAUCCGCCUGCCCUCCCCACCUGCCCACAAAAAGGGGGACAAGAUUUCCACUCGCCGGGCGUACGGAGUGGCUCUGGCUCGGCUGGGUCAGGCCAGCUCCCGGGUGGUGGCACUGGAUGGAGACACCAAGAACUCCACCUUCUCCGAGACCUUCAAGAAGGCCCACCCCGAGCGCUACAUCGAGUGCUUCAUCGCUGAGCAGAACAUGGUGAGCGUGGCGAUCGGGUGCGCCACGCGGGACCGCACGGUCGCGUUCGCCAGCACGUUCGCCGCCUUCAUGUCGCGGGCCUACGACCAGAUCCGCAUGGCGGCCAUCUCGCAGUCCAACGUCAACCUGGUGGGCUCCCACUGCGGGGUUUCCAUCGGGGAAGAUGGGCCGUCUCAGAUGGCCCUGGAGGACUUGGCCAUGUUCAGGGCGGUCCCCACCUGCACCGUCUUCUACCCCUCAGACGGAGUCUCCACUGAGAGAGCUGUGGAGCUGGCAGCCAACACAAAGGGAAUCUGCUUCAUCAGGACGAGCAGGCCGGACACUCCAGUGAUCUACCGCUCAGAGGAGAAGUUUGCCGUUGGACAGGCCAAGGUAGUGCGGCAGUCGGACAGUGACAGGGUGACAGUCAUUGGCGCUGGAGUGACACUGCACGAGGCCCUGACUGCAGCCAAUCAGCUGGCCGGAGAAGGUGUGAAUAUCCGGGUCAUUGACCCGUUCACCAUCAAACCCCUGGACACGGCCACCAUCCUCCUGAGCGCCAGAGCAACCGGAGGCCGAGUCAUCACUGUGGAGGACCACUACAGAGAGGGUGGACUCGGUGAAGCAGUGUGUUCCGCUCUGGGGGAGGAGCCUGGCAUUGUAGUGCAGCGAUUGGCUGUCUCCGGCGUUCCGCGGAGCGGGAAGCCGCAGGAGCUGCUGGAGAUGUACGGCAUCAGCGCCCAGAACAUCGUGGCCGCCGUCCGGUCCGCCUUCGCCAACUGAUGGGGUGCGCGCCCAGCCCCCCCCCCCCACCACGCACCCUCUCCCCCGACAGCCCUGUUUUCGGCCUGGUUGUUACAGUCGUGUCCCCUUUCCUCCCCAAAGCGGGGAGCGUGUCAGGACAGGAGCCCCACUUCAGCGAGCUGCAGCGGUGACAUCAUAACCCUGUGACAUCGUAGCAACAUCGUAACAACAUAACCCUGCGUGGGUGGUGCAGUUUCCGCUUCACCCCACCCUUUACUUAAAGCUUGUCGAGUUUGAACCCUGCAUUCCUGUUCCUGUUUAUAUUCCCAAGCAUGUCCUCUACGUGACAAUGCAUUCCCUCCACUCUAACAUGAACAUUUGGGUAAAUCAACUUAAUUGGGUUUGACCAGUACGAAUAAGCAUCUCUUGACCUCUUUUGCAGAAAUGGAAUUAUGCCUAACUUGUGUGACCGGGCCGAGUGGAGUCAGGGAGAGGGGGUGGGCCAGUGGGGGCGGCGGCAUCGGCUGUGACCUCAGAGACGUGGGAGGAGCUUAGCCUCCUGACUGCGUCUCAUUGGUCAGGCCUAGUCCAGCUUCUCUUACAGUCUGUGUACGUGUCAGCAGUAAUGUAGUGGUUUGUCUGAUUUUAACAUUCCUCUUCUGCUUAAAUGUAACAUUCCUCUUGUGCUUAAAUGUAACAUUCCUUUUCUGCAGCUGUUUUGCUUUAGUGUGAGAAAAUCAGGAGCCUCUGUACUCCCAAAUUCCUCUGCCCGUUUUCUUCCGGAACGUUCUAUGGCUACAGUGUGUGACCUUGCCGUGACCUUGCCUGUGUGUUUGAUAUUUCCCUGUACUUACUGGCUUUGCUGAGGCUGUUUGGAGAUCUCAUAUCCUCUGGUUCAAUGGCAGGACACGGCAAGGCUGAAUAAUAGCAAACACUCGCUUUUGAAUUCCUGGAGUUGCUUCCCGGUGGCAGCAUGUGAAUCUUAAACCUUUCCAUCACCUAGGAUCUUUAACCUUUCCAGCUUCCUGGUUUGAAAUGACACUGCCUCUAAGGCUCGUAGGGAAAAUGUGUAGAAGCUAGGGCAUGAUCAGAUGUUUCUGAAACACUGUGAGCAGCUCCCGUUGCAGAAACACGUCACACUUGCGUUGCCGUAGUUACAGCUUGUGAGUGAUGAAUUAAACUGUGCGGAAACUCCCA